GCGAAAGCCUUACCGAUUGUACACGUCUUUUGAAAGGCUCUACGGGAACGUACUUCGUGAGAGUGACGACAUCUCUAGACGUAGAUCUCAUUUUGUGAAAAAUAUGUACGGGUGGUUACUUGAGAGCGUGCAACAUUUUAUUGUGCAAGAAUGCGGGGAGGAAGUAUGGGAAACGAUUUUGCGUGAGUCCGGCGCAAGAAAUACCGUUUUCAGUAUGCAGCAGCAAUACCCAGACACCCUCAUGCUCCGACUUGCUAGCGCUCUAACCCGCAUCGUCACCAAUGACCCCAACAGUCCUGCUACAUCUAGACCCAACAGCCCAUGUCCAAAGAAACUAUCUUUCAAGAUAAAACCAAGUUGGAGAAGUGCUUCAGUCCAUACAGACAACAGAAUCCAAUUGCGGUGUCCUUUCACAGCUACUAACGCUCUUACAGCUGUCACAAAAAAUGAAAUCAAUGCCUAUAAUUCCUCUGAAGAAAUAGCUUCCCAUGCUCUGUCUGUCGACAGAAUCAAUGAAGGGGUCGAAUUCCAAAUCCGCAAGAAAGUUGCUGUCAACAAAGAUUUAAAUCGAAGAAGUCUUGGAUUCAAACUUGAAGACAAAAAAGAAGAAAACAAAAAGGUCGAAAUACCCAAAACAUGUCUAGAGUCUACUUGCAAUAAUCAAGAUGUAAGCCCUAAAGAUUCAGCGCCUACGUCGCCCUGUUCUUCCAAUUCUGAAAGUACGAAAGUGAAUUCCAUCCUGAAGAAUAACACCCGUAAAACUAGUGUCAAUUUGGCCAUGGAUGUCUAUAAACGCCGUGGGUCUGGGGUAGCGACCAGACCGAGAUUUAACAGCAUCAGUUUAGUCAGCUCUGAUAGAUUGAAUACUCUUAAAGAGAAGUUCAGCACUCCAGAAAAGGUGAUGCACUUUUUUGGACGAUGUUUCGUAAAAUUUUUCAGCAAUUAUGGCUACGACACAAUGAUCCGCGCCACAGGCCGCUAUUUCUGCACAUUUCUGCAGUCUGUAGACAAUAUCCAUCAACGCAUGCGGUUCACUUUCCCGCGCAUGCGUUCACCGAGCAUGCAGCUAACGCGCGCACACAUCCACGGCGCUGAGCUUGUUUACAGCAGCACAAGAACUGGCUUCACACAUUAUCUUAUGGGUCAGCUGUACGAAAUUGCUGAAGACCUUUUUUCUUUGAAGCUGAAGAUGUCUAUCGUGAAGGAGAGCAUGGAAGGAAGCUACUACGUUGCUGUGUUGCGGCUGGAGUUUGACAAUAGUGAUUAUGUGCAAUCUCUAAUGCUGCGUAAGAACCUGCCGUGCCCACUGCCGGCCGUCCCAGCGUCACUGCUGCUGCAGUUGUUCCCCUUUGGGGUGCUGCUUGAUCGGAAGAUGAAGAUACUUAGCGCUGGAGACAAGCUUGUAGAAGCUUGGGGAGGUCCUUUUAAUCGCAUACAGAAGUCACCCAUCGGCGAAAUACUACGUCUCAGGAAACCGAAGGUCUCUUUUACUUGGGAUAAGGUGGUGUGCAUGCAAACGAUGUUAUUCGAGCUGGAACUGAUGCGAUGGCGAGCCAGGACGGCGGGAGAAUCGCGUAGGGGAUCCCAGGGCGCCCGCGCCAUUUUGCUAAAGGGACCUAUUUACUUCCUUGAACAAAUCGACGCGCUUAUCUUCUUAUGCAGUCCGAUUUUUAACGACCUAGACGAACUUCGUCAAGCUGGGCUCUAUCUUGCAGACAUGAACGGACACGGCCUAUCUAAGGAAAUGCUGCUCCAAGGUUGGCAACAUCUAUCCAGACUUGAACUCCUCUUCGAAAAGGCCGAAACCCGAAGUCUUUCACUAGAAAAGUCUUGUAGAUUGAGAGAUCAGUGGAAAAAGAGAGGAGACCAGUUGUUGUAUUCGAUGAUACCAAAGCCUAUUGCGGAACAUCUGAGGGCUGGGAAAGAUCCUAUGUCGGCUUGUCAGGCCUACGACAGUGUGACCAUUAUGUUCUGCGGGCUGCAAAUAGCCGAAGCGGGCACUAGAGCUGACGUCAUGCAGACUGUGGCAUACAUGAACGAUGUGUAUUCCAGGAUCGACCGGCUGCUCGAUUCUCAUAGAGUUUAUAAGGUGGAGACAGUCGGCACGGUAUACAUGCUGGUGUCAGGCGCUCCGGAGAGGCGGCGAGCUCAUGCAGCUUCUGCCGCCAGUGCCGCCCUCGCCGUCUCACGUGCAUUGCCCGUACUUACCAUUGGUAUACAUUCAGGACCAUGUGUUGCUGGAGUACUUGGCCUGAAGCUCCCUCGUUUCUGCCUCGUGGGGGACACCGUCAACACUGCUAGCAGGAUGCAAACGACAUCAGAGCCCGGCAAAAUUCAUGUGUCGGCACAGACCGCGGCCGAACUGCCCUCCGGCAAGUUCCGGUUACGAAGUAGAGGACCUAUAAAGGUUAAAGGCAAAGGCAUGAUGGAGACAUUCUGGCUCGAGGGUGAAGUGGAAGAAGAUGAGCAAGACGAGGCGUUGCAACUCUUUUCUGCACUUUGCGGCGAGUAGUGACAGCAUCCACGGAGCUAACAACUUUAGCAUAGCGAACUAUGAUUACCAAUAUUUUGCGUAUUAACUACGGGUACACCUAGUUGUUUAAGACCUUAAUCUAUAAGGUCCAAAAAAAUUAAGCAAAUUGGGGGUCUACCAUAACCUUUCCAAAAACAAUCUUAUUUCAAUCUUUUUUAUGUUCCGAAUCGUCUUAUCGUAGUAAAAUGUUUAAGUAGGUACU